ACAUAAUAUAUUUGAGAAUUGAAGUUGGUGAAGUUUCAAACUUGCUCAUAAAUAAAAAUUGUUUGUUAUUUUGAACUGAUAAGUACCGUACUUCUAGUGAAUCGCAACAUUUCUCACUGUCUCAUUUUAUUUUUAAAAUGUGUUCGUUAGACAAAGUCUCUUCACCUAAAUUUAAAAAUAUUUCAUCUAAUGCUAAGCAGUCGCCUGUACAAAUAAAAGAGAGGCUCCGCAAGAACUAUAGAAACAAGGUACAAAAAUGCCGUGGAACGCUGCAAGAUAAAUUUCGCGAAUUAACUUUUGAAAAGGAUAAUAUGUGUAAUGUAUUAAAGGAACUAUAUAAGGAAAUGAUAGAUUUCUCAGAGGAUAUUUUAGAAAUUGAAGACAAUAUUUUACAGGAAAUAAAAAAUGAACUUAUUCAGGAAGAGUUGGAGUGGUUGUUGGAGGAAUACCAAAAAACACAUAUGGACGACAACAUUGACUGGUCCAAAAUUGAGCAAGAUAAUGUAAUUGUUUGUCCAAUUUGUCAAAGAGACAAUUUUAUGUCAGUUAAUUCUUGUUUAAAAUGUCCCAGUUGCAACGUUCAAAUAAAGACAUCAAUGCAAACAUCAGAAGUCAAAGAACAUAUCUUCAAAUGCUUGGAUAAACAUAACUCUGUUUGUAUAUCGGAUCCACAAUUCACUGUAAUAAAGGAUACCAGUGAUUGCCAUAUAUAUUUAAUCUGUGAAACAUGUAAUGAAAUGACAUAUAUUUUGUAGAUUAAAAAUUUAAAUUGUUAA